UGUCUGCACGGCCCAGAAGGGCGUGCAGGGCCGGCCGGCGGAGCCUCCGCGCGAUCGCCGGCCCCAGCCCGGGAGCUCUCCCCCAGCGUUCGCGCUCCCCUUUUUUGUCUUCCAGAGCUCGUUGUGGAGGUCGAUCCUGAGCUUUUUCACUUUUCAAGCCAUCUUGUUCCUACGAGGUCUGCGUCCCUGGGCCAUAUAGUCUGCUCGGGUCCGGGCAGCUGAGAAAUUGCAGCGGCGCUGUCGUGUAUGGAGCUUUGGGCCGGGGCUGAGCCCUCGGUGUUGCCCCUCCGCCCGCAGCCCAGGCCAUGCCACCGCCUCGGCGCGCCCAGCCGCGGCCGCCGGGUCUCCGGGGCUGAGCCGGGAGCCGCGCGAGGAGGAGGCGCCGGCGGCGGAGCCCGCUCGGGAGCCGCGGCGGCGGGCAGCGCGGCGGACCCAGUACUAUGGCUGUGUACUGCUAUGCCCUCAACAGCCUGGUGAUCAUGAAUAGCGCCGAGCAGGUGAAGAGCGGCGGCCCCCGGCCCAGCAGCAGCGAGACGCCCCCGCCGCCGGGGAGGGCCGUGUUGAGUCCCGGCAGCGUUUUCAGCCCCGGGAGAGGCGCCUCUUUCCUCUUCCCCCCCGCCGAGUCGUUGUCGCCCGAGGAGCCCGGGAGCCCCGGGGGCUGGCGGGGCGGCCGGCGCAGGCUGAGCGGCGGCAGCGGCGGCGGCGGCGGCGGCGGCAGCAGCAGCGUGGGCAGCCCGAGUUGGGCCGGCCGCGCUCGAGGGGACGGGCAGCAGGUGGUGACCGCAGGAUCCCUCUCCCCUCCGGGGCCGGAGGAGACCCAGAGGAAGCUUCGAAUCCUGCAGCGCGAGUUGCAGAAUGUGCAGGUGAACCAGAAAGUGGAUAUGUUCGAGGCGCACAUCCAGGCGCAGAGCUCUGCCGUCCAAGUGCCCCGCAGCCCGCGCCUGGGCAGGGCUCGUUCUCCCUCUCCCUGCCCCCUCCGCAGCAGCAGUCAGCCCCCAGGGAGGGCCCUGGCUCAGAGUGGGGAACGGAGGACAAAGUCGUGGGGGGAGCAAUGUCUACAGACUGCAGAGACCGGCUCCUCCCGCCUGAGAGGAAGGGCGCUGGGCCUGUGCCUCUCAGAGGGCGAUGAGGGAGUGGCACCUUUCCCCGGCCCCGCGGCCCCAUCAGGACCAGGGGCUCAGGGUGCAGCGGAUUCUGCAAGAAUGGAGAAGAGGACCCCUGCCAGACCCCACUGCUCGCCCAGAGCUGUGGAAAUCGACAAGACAGUCUCUCUGCCUUCCCAAACGCGCAGCUGCCAAGCUUCCGCACUGGGGUUGAUCCACGUGAACUUAGGGAUGGCCACAGAGGGGACAGCAAGAGCCACAUCCAGUGGGCCACACCAUCCACACGACCCUGACCUCACUGAGCGGCCUGAGAGGGCCCGAGAACUCGGUGGUGUGCACCCCCAGGAGUCUCUGGUGCAGAGACAGGGGCAGCCUCUGGGCAGCGAGACAAGCCCAGCCCCAGAGAGGGAAGGGCCCCAAAACGGGGAGCCCUCUGGGGAGGUGGAGAAAGGAGAUCUGCCUGGUGGCCUGGGGGGCCCUGGAGUGCCUGAAGCCAGAAGGCCAGAGGACAGGACUGUGAAUCCGCAAAGCUCGGAGCUUUCUGAGGCCCCCAACCGGGUCAGGCCACCUCCAGACCUGGGCUCCGUAAAGCCCGAGGUGACCCAGGGUGGGGCCCCCAUGGUCGGGGAGCCUCCGCCGAGCUCCAGAGGAGUGGAUGAAGGGUCUCUGACAACACGAGGCUUGCUUGGGGGCAGUUGCUUAGCACAGCCAGGGACACAGGAGGUGAAGGCAGGAAUUCCCUUCAGGGGAAUGCUGGAGACUUUGCCUUCCUGGGAAGCGGUGAAAGAGCUGAAAGAACCACCGUGCCUUCCUGGGGACAGGCUGGGGGUGCAGCCUGGGAGCUCUGGGGCUUGGCUGGGCCCCAUGGAGGCAGCCCAGCUGGCCUGGACGUGUGGCACAGGGGUGCAGUCAGAGGGCACUUGGGGAAGCCCCCAGCAGGACGGAGCUGCCCACCCCAGCCUGGAGCUGCUCUCCCCAGAUCAGAAGGAUAAGACUUCCCCGAGAGAGGCUUGCAGCCCUAGCAGUAUACCAGCGGUCAUCAUCACAGACAUGGGUGCCCAGGAGGAUGGGACCAUGGAGGAGGCCCAGGGGAGCCCUCGGGGUAGCCUGCCCCUGAGGAAACUGUCCUCUUCAUCUGCCUCCUCCACCGGCUUCUCUUCCUCCUAUGAAGAUUCGGAGGAGGACAUCUCCAGUGACCCUGAGCGCUGCUUGGACCCCAACUCCGCCUUCCUGCAUACCUUGGACCAGCAGAAGCCCAGAGUGAGCAAAUCAUGGAGGAAAAUAAAAAACAUGGUUCACUGGUCUCCCUUUGUCAUGUCUUUCAAGAAGAAGUACCCUUGGAUCCAGCUGGCAGGACACGCAGGGAGCUUCAAGGCGGCAGCCAAUGGCAGGAUCCUGAAGAAGCACUGUGAGUGUGAGCAGCGCUGCCUGGACCGGCUGAUGGCCGACGUGCUGAAGCCCUUCGUGCCCGCCUACCACGGGGACGUGGUGAAGGACGGAGAGCGCUACAACCAGAUGGACGACCUUCUGGCCGCCUUCGACUCGCCCUGCGUGAUGGACUGCAAGAUGGGUGUCAGGACCUACCUGGAGGAGGAGCUCACCAAGGCCCGGAAGAAGCCCAGCCUCCGCAAGGACAUGUACCAGAAGAUGAUCGAGGUGGACCCUGACGCCCCGACCGAGGAGGAGAAGGCCCAGCGGGCUGUGACCAAGCCGCGGUACAUGCAGUGGAGGGAGACCAUCAGCUCCACGGCCACCCUCGGCUUUAGGAUCGAGGGCAUCAAGAAAGAAGACGGCUCCGUGAACCGGGACUUUAAGAAGACCAAAACGAGGGAGCAGGUCACCGAGGCCUUCAGAGAGUUCACAAAGGGGAACCGCAACAUCCUGAUCGCCUACCGGGACCGGCUGAAAGACAUUCGGGCCACUCUAGAAGUUUCUCCCUUCUUCAAAUGCCACGAGGUCAUCGGCAGCUCGCUUCUCUUCAUCCAUGACCAGAAGGAGCAGGCCAAGGUGUGGAUGAUCGACUUCGGGAAAACCACCCCCCUGCCCGAGGGCCAGACCCUGCAGCACAACGUGCCUUGGCAAGAGGGGAACCGGGAGGAUGGCUACCUCUCGGGCCUGAACAACCUCAUCGACAUCCUGACGGAAAUGUGCCAGGACGAUCCACUCGCCUGAGGCCCCACGGACCCGCAUCACCACCCCGUCCCUUCCUACUCCUCCGCUUCCUUUCUCCUUUCAUUUCCCUUUGCGUCUAUCAGGGUGUGAGCCCCAGAGCCGACCCUCCCGAACUGCACUACAAGACACUUUGUAGAGACGAGAUGGAGAGUUCCAAGAGCAGAUGAGAGAUUUUCUGGUCACUUUCCUCAUGAAGGGCUUGGAGCUGGGGUUUCUAUAUCUGUCUGUGCGUAGGAUCUCCCAACAAAAGAGGAAUGCCCAGACCCGGGCUCGGCGGCCUGGAGGGCAGCUCUGGUGGGCUGAGGUUUGGAAGCAGACUCAGGUAGCUGUGGCACUUACUGGUGGGUCACUAACCCAGGAGCUAGACGCAGCCUCUAGAUGCGUCACCUGCGGGGACCUGCUGCCCCCUGUUGGCCAGUGCGGUCAGUGCCACUGCCAAGUUCAGCCUGUAUGUGUGCCAUCCUCCCCCUGGGGGGGCCGGGAUGAGGGGUCGUUGUAAAAAUCUGGGCUUGGGCAGGUGCCUGGCUGCGGGCUGCUGGUCUUGGGGCACCAAGCCACUGGGAACUGCGUGUCGGCCAUUAACAGGCCAGGGGCGCGCACAGACGGUGUUGGCCUUCUAUAGGCACCCCACCCAUCUGGUAUUGAAAUCCUCCAGCUUUGGGCCAGACCUGGGAGUCAGGAGAUGUUCUCCGACCCAGGCCUUCGCAGGAGGGGGCAGGCAGGAGCUGUAUUCUUCCAUAUGAUUCUCGUCCUCUGAGUUCAGAGGACACUCCACACACCUGAGCUUCCAGGGAUGUUCCCUAACCACCCAGAGCCACUUGUUUCUCCAGCUCCCUGCCUUGCAGUGGUAAGGUCAGGGGUCCCGGGUGGGGCGGGCCGGGACACAACCAGCCCCAGAGGGAGAAGACAGAACCUACAGAGCACACUCCCUGUACAUCCCUUCACAUUCACACCCCCACCAUCUCCCUGGCCUUCUUUCAUGAGAUCAGGCCCCCAGAAAGUUCAGGCAGGCUCUGGGGCAGUGCUGGGCAGGGAGGAAGCAGGUUCCUGGCUUACUGGCCUCCUCUCCCCACUAAAGUAACUCUUAGUGCCUGAAGGGGUUAGACCCACAUUUUCCAAAUGUGGUGCAGGCAACCCCCAACAUAGGGGAUGGGAGACGGGGUGGCAUCUCUCCCUGGCGUCUCCAGGUUGCUUGAACAUGACUGGGGAACCCCUAAACUGUGUUUUAACUUUCAAGCAAGUUACGUCUCUCUUCUGGAGAAGAAUGUAAAAUUGGCCUGACUUUGUAAGAACAAAACUAUCAGCUCUUUGGCCAUGCAGAGCUGCGCUCCCCAGGUGCCUUCCUUGGCCCAUGGAUGUAUGGGGGCGGGGGCAGAAUUGAGCUCUGACAGGCGGCAGGUGCUGGGGUCAUUUCCUCCAGAGGGACCAGUCCAGAAGUUUCCUGGGCUGCCCCCUGUCACCCCAGGGUCUCUGGAGGACCUCUGACCUCCCUCUAGGACACCAGCAUUUCCCCUUUUCGUGCUGGGUGUGUGACGGUUGGUGGGGGCAGAGGGCGGGUCACAGGAGGAUGUUUAAGUACAGUUUUGUGUGUGUUUUUUUUUUUUUUUAAAGGAAAUCCCUUCUAAACUUCCUGGCUUUUGUUGAAAACAGUGGUGAGCUCCAAUGUGGGGUAUGCUAAAGGUCACACCCCCGCCCAGCUGAGCACAAGAGGUCUCGUGACAGCAUGUGACCCUCUGAAGGCAGGAGCACCACAGCCAGCUCUGGGCCUCCCUCUGGAGCUGGAGUCACCUGUGGCUCAGAAGGGGCCUGGUGGUCUGUGCCUUGGCAGUCCUCUGGGGGAGGGACAUCGUCCAUUCAGACCUCCAGAUUCCAGAUCCCAGCGCUGUGGGCUGGCCAGAAGUCGCCCGCCCUCGAUCUAUGUAGAAAUUUUGCUAAAGCAAAUGAAUGCUCUGAACAGGAAGUGCGAGGGACCAGCUUGAGCUACUUAAGAGAACAAAAUUUCCAAGCACUUUAAACAGGCACCAAUUGUUUGCGAACGAUGUGCUGAAAUACAAGGGAUGUGUUUAUCAGAGGAGGUCUGCACUGCUGAUAAGUCGGCUACAGGUUGCUUUGGGGCACGUUCUAUCAGCGAAAGUGGUAGUUUUUUUGCGAUGUUAUUCUCUUCCUUAGGGCUUGGGGUUCUGUAUGUACUAAAUAACUCUCCUCUCCCGCACCUCUUCUCUCCAACUGGCGUGCCCCCUUCCCUGCCUCCUCCCUGUCCUAAAGGAGAAGAUGGAUCCUGAGUAGAAUUUCCCGGAACCCUUCCCUGCCCAGCCCUGGUCCCCACAGGGACACCUCGGAUUCUGGCCGCGCAGGUGCUGGGAGGGCAGGGCGAGCGAGGCGCGUGCACAUGGCGCACAGGUGCACGAGCGGCUUUCCUGCCGGCUCCUCGCUGUGCCUCGGGUGGCGGGGGUGGUCUCGGAGAGCAGCAUGCUUCACGUGUUCGCGGAAGGUUUCUCUUGCCUUUAGUGUCGUGUAAGAAGUUUUUAAGUUAUAUUUAUUUUUUCCGGUUUUUUAAUUGCACAAAACACUAAGACUGGGAGGCUGGAUUCUGUGUGUCCUUGAAAGCUGUGCCUUCUUCCUGAACUUUUCCCACUCGGUGGAAAGAGCCCGGACACAGCACUGCCCCCCCCCUUCCCCCGCCCAUGGACUCUUUCCUCUGUUCGCUGUAUCUAGCUUUGAGUUUGCCCGCAUCCAGUCCACCCCGUCCCCUACACCUCCCCCACGUGUAGAGAACCCAGGCUGUCGGCUUGGGAAGAGGCCAGGGGUUCCCUGCCCACCCCCAGUGCCUUUCUCCUAGAGAAGACCACUCCCCAGAGGGUUCUCCUUCCCUCUGCACCCCUUUCUCCGUGACACCUUGGAGAAAACUGUUACAAACCACCCACCCGCCCAGUGCCUGUCGAACAGACCGCGUCGCUCUGUACCUUCCUGAAUAAAGGCCCGAGACACCACA